AUGACUCCUCCUCGGAACAGAUCCACAUUCACCUUUCUGUUGUUGAUUUCUCUGCUGUUCCCCAACUGGGUUUUCGCGGAAGAUGAUGUAAAGUGUUUGCAAAAACUGAAGAGCUCAUUUAAUGACCCAGAAGGGAAGCUCAACACAUGGAGCUUUUCAAAUUCAUCCGUGGGUUUCAUUUGCAGCUUCGUUGGUGUUUCGUGCUGGAACGACCGUGAAAAUCGUCUUUUCAGCCUCGACCUCAGGGACUUUAACCUUACAGGAAAAAUCCCGGAUUCUUUACAGUACUGUCACAGCCUCCAGACCCUGGAUCUCGCCGGUAACAGUUUUUCUGGUUCGAUCCCACCUCAAAUCUGUAAUUGGUUACCUUAUAUGGUCACUUUGGAUCUAUCCCAUAAUGUUUUGACCGGUCAAAUCCCCUCGGAUCUUGUUAACUGUGCGUAUUUGAAUAAUUUGCUUUUAGAUGACAACAGAUUGUCUGGGAAUAUACCAUAUGUGUUCUCUAAUUUAGGAAGGUUGAAAAAAUUUUCAGUUGCGAAUAAUGAUUUAUCUGGGAGGGUGCCCUCGUUUAAGUAUGAUUUGUUGGAGCUUGAUUUGGGUGGGAAUAGUGGGCUUUGUGGGGGCCCUUUGGGCAAAUGUGGUGGUGGAUUGAGUAAGAAGAAUUUGGCUAUUAUUAUUGCUGCUGGAGUUUUUGGUGCUGCAGCUUCGCUGUUGUUAGGUUUUGGUCUGUGGUGGUGGUAUUUCACUAAGUCUAAUAAGAGAAGAAAGAGUGGUUAUGGGAUUAGUGGAAGAGAUGAUGGGAGUGGGUGGGCAGAGAGAUUGAGGGCUCACAAGCUUACUCAGGUUAUGCUGUUCCAGAAACCACUUGUGAAGGUUAAGUUAGUUGAUUUAUUGGCGGCAACGAGUAAUUUUAGUGCCAAGAACACUAUAGUCUCCACUAGGACGGGGAUUACUUUCAAGGCAGUGUUACCAGAUGGAUCGGCUCUUGCAAUUAAACGGUUUAGUACAUGUAAGAUGGGGGAAAAGCAGUUUCGUACUGAGAUGAAUAGGUUAGGGCAGCUAAGGCAUCCAAAUUUGGUGCCACUUUUAGGGUUUUGUGUAGUGGAGGAGGAGAAGCUGUUGGUUUACAAGCAUUUGUCAAAUGGGACUUUGGGUUCCAUAUUGAAUGGGAAUGCUGAAGUGUUGGAUUGGCCAACGAGGUUUAGGAUUGGAUUGGGUGCUUCAAGGGGGCUUGCCUGGCUUCACCAUGGUUGUCACCCUCCAAUCUUGCACCAGAAUAUUAGCUCCAAUGUGAUUCUUCUUGAUGAGGAUUUAGAUGCUCGGAUAAUGGACUUCGGAUUGGCAAGACUCCUGACUACUUCUGAAUCUAAUGAGAGUAGCUUUGUCCAUGGGGAUUUAGGUGAAGUUGGAUAUGUAGCUCCCGAGUACGCAAGUACAAUGGUUGCUUCACUUAAAGGAGAUUGUUAUAGUUUUGGAGUAGUGCUGCUCGAGUUAGCUACUGGGCAGAAACCUCUGGAUGUGAGUACUGCCGAUGAAGGAUUCAAGGGUAAUUUGGUCGACUGGGUAAUUAUGCUCUCUAAUUCUGGUCGAAUGAAAGAUGCUAUUGAUAAGCGCCUGUGCGGAAAGGGGCAUGAUGAGGAAAUUGUAAGGUUCUUAAAAAUUGCAUGUAAUUCUGUGGUUUCUCGCCCAAAGGAUAGGUGGUCUAUGUAUCAGGUCUAUGGAUCACUGGAGGGCAUAGCUGAGGAACGAGGUUUCUCCGAACGUUAUGAUGAAUUUCCUUUACUAUUCGGAAAACAAGAGAUCACUAGUCCCGUUCGACUUUGA